AUGGUUCCGGUCAGUGCGCGUUUUGCCGUAUUUGUAAACAGUGUGUCGUCUGAAACAUCAAAAACAUGGCUGACUUCACAGUUGACGCCACAGCUAAUCGAAAAAAAACGAUCUAGUAAUUUUUCCGAUGUAGAAAAGGCCGCAAUAAGGGAAGGUUUCGUCGGCUGUGGCGAUCUUUUAGGGAAAAAAUUUGCAAACAAAGUCGGGGGAAACACCAAAGUACAGCAGGACAAUGCUUGGAUGAAAAUUACACAAGCAGUUAAUGCUGUCGGCCGUGCAUUUCGCACGGUCGAUGAGGUUAAAGAAAAACAUCGAAAGAUGGUGAGCUGUGCCAAGGCUGUCGUUGCCAAAGAAAAUGCCAACGCCAGGCAGACGGGUGGGGGUAAGCCGAUGCCUAUCCCGGAUGACACCACUUUGGCAAUAAUACAGGAUAUGAAGGGGACGCCUGCCUUCAGCGGCAUUCCCGGGUCAUCAGCAUCGGAGUCGGCAAUAGUUGCCGUGAACAGGCAGGACGAACCUCAAAAAGACCCGUUCAACCUGCUAGGUUUCGAUGCAUUGACUGGCAGUCCAUCCAGGACUUGGAGCAUGUUUGAGGUGGCAUGUAGUUCGGGUAUGCAUAAGUGGAUGGCAUUCACACAGAAUGGCAACAUGCAUCUAUCUGUUAUAUGAAUACAGUAUAAUAACUGAUUAAUUACAAAUAUAU